UCGAAGCUGUCCUCUGCAAAGCCAAACAGGGGCUGGUUAAACCAGAGCCAUGCACACAAACACAAGCAAGCAGGACACUGCUCAGCUCCAGCUCGGCUGGAAUUGUCACAGGACACCAAGGGAGCCAGAGGCAGUUUGGGUAAAUCCCCCAGUACGGGCUGGAGAACCCAGUCCCUGACUCAGUGCUGCCUCUGUGGCUCUCCAGUGAGGCAGCAGGUGCUGAAGCACAUCCAGAGACAAGACAGUUUCAAAACACAGCCCCAGAGAUGCAAAUUCACCAGCCAGAAACAGCUGCUUUAGGCCAGGUUGAGUUUUAAGAUUUAACAGUGCAAACUGAAACUUCAAAAGAAUCCCACUAAUGCAGGUGGCCCUGGGUCACGGGAUUGAACAGGGCAUAUUUUUGCCUGCCUUCCUUCUAAGUUCCAGCUAUUAUUAAUGCACAGUGAAACUCAUCUUUACCAUCCAAGUUUCUUUCAGGAUUUGGCAGCCAGCGGUACUCAGCCCCUUCUGGAAGGUUCCACUCCAGCCUCUCCUCUGCAGUAGCACCUUUUGUGAUCUGGAGGCAGAAAACAAGGAAAGAUUUGUGGUCUGACAGUGUCGGAGGAGCCGCCAGUGCUUUUGGAAAGGCUGUGACUCAGAGAAGUUUGUACUGCAGCAGAAACGAGAUAGGCUGCUGUCCCCUUCCUGUUUCCUCUGGAAAACUGUGGAGCCAACCCAAGAGGAAGAAAGAAGAAUGUCCCAAAAGCAGCUGAAAGAAGCCUUUAUCAGCAACCUGAACGGAACUAGUUUGCUGGAAAUUUCCGUGGGCUUGUCCGUGCCUCCCCUGUGCCUGCUCUGCAGAGGGCUCCUCCUGAUUCUGUACCACCUGCACUAUGGGAAACCUGUAAGUUCAAGGAAAUGCAGCCUGCUGCUGGACUUCCUGGUGCUUGUGUCUCCUCUGCUGUUCUCCUGCACCAUCUUGUCUCCAGUCCUCUCUUUCGUGCCAGUUAUCCUCGCUGCCUUCUGCGCCGGAAUAUUUUCCAAAAUAUGCAGCCGGAGAAAACAGGAGAGCAGAGUGCCCUUUGGGCAAAUUGUAAAAGAGUUCCAGCAGACGUGCUUGGAUCCCGAGUACAUUCCAGCAAUAACCGUGUUCCGUGUCUACGUCAACGUGAUGACAGCCAUCAGCAUUUUAGCCGUGGAUUUCCCGCAGUACCCCCGGCGAUACGCCAAGGCCGAGACCUACGGCACGGGAGCCAUGGAUCUGGGGGUGGGAGCUUUCGUCUUUGGCAACGCUCUCGUUUGUCCUGAGGUUCGACACAAGUCUCAUGUGACACAACCCAAGUUUUCCAGCCUGGCCAGGCAGCUCUUUUCCGUUUGGCCCUUGGUUUCCCUCGGCGUCGGGCGGCUGCUGAGCGUUAAAUCCAUAGAUUACCACGAGCACACGUCGGAGUACGGAGUGCACUGGAAUUUCUUCUUUACCUUGGCUUCCGUGAGACUUGCAGCAUCCCUGCUUUUAGCCAUAUUUCCUAAAAAUAAGUCUUGGAUCGUGGCUCUAACUCUGGCUGCACUACAUCAGCUCAUUCUCAACACUACCUCUCUGAAGACAUUCCUCCUGCACGGGAGCAGCGGCGGGGACAGCAGGGUUGGAUUUCUGGAUGCCAACAGGGAGGGGCUGCUCUCUCUCGUUGGGUACGUGGCCACUUACCUGGCGAGUGUCCAGGUGGGGCUGUGGCUGCUGCAGUGCAGGAGCUCAGUGAAGGGCUGGCUCGGGGCACUGAGAGUUCUGGCCCUGACGGUUCUGGUGCUGUUCGUGUCCCUCCACGUGUCCCAGGCGCACGCGGACCCCGUGUCCCGCCGGAUGGCCAACCUCUCCUUCUGCCUCUGGGUCGUCGCCCACUGCCUGAUGUUAUUUAUCUUCUUCGUAGCCACUGAUCUCACCCUGGUGUUCACAAAGCUGCUGGUGAAGGGCUCCAGGGUGCCCUGCAGCUGGAGUGUUGUGAAGCCCCCUAAUUCCAACAAAAAGCUGGGAACGGCGGCUGUACCGGCGGGAAGGGAGGAUGAGCUUUGCCUGAUCAGUGCUAUCAACAAAAACCAGCUGCUGUUUUUCUUGCUGGCCAAUGUCAUGACCGGUGCUGUGAAUAUCCUGGUAGAUACAAUCCACAGCAAGGCUGCCUUUGCACUGUGCAUAUUGCACUUGUAUAUGUUUGUCAACUGUUUAAUUAUGUCCAUAUUGCACGCCAAAAAUAUAGUAUUAAAGUUUUGGUGAUUCCACUCUGGAGUGGACUGGUUGGACUGCGCUGUAGCUGAAUGGUGGUAUAUGGAAAAAUUAAUAUUUUUCCUGCAUGUAUUACAAAAAUUAGUGUUUUUCCUCCCUUUUCCUAUAUUGCAAUAAUUUAUAAUUUAGUAUAGAUUUUUAUUAUUUAGUAUUGAUUAUUUUUUAAUGGUCCUCGUUACCAGAUUAUACAGUCAAUGCUGUUACCUGCUGGAAGUUGUUACACAUUUUCCUGAAAACUUAGUUUUUGAGAUUGCUGAAUAUUCCUGCUGCUCCUAGGAGUAAAUUGUAUUUACAGUUAGUGAACUGUGCUCAUACCUAAGGGCUGGUGGAAUUAGAUAACGAUGUAUGGAGGAAAAGCCAGAUGAAAAAUAAGAAAAUGAGUAAUUAUAUAUAUAGAGAGGCUUAGCUGUGUCAAGAUUUAUGUAGUUAAGGCCCUUGAAUAAAUAAUAAAUAAGAAUAAUUCUUUAUACAAAAUGUAUUGAAUAAGUGGAUACUUAAAAAUGUUUUUGGCCCCAGUCCUGCAAAGAUUUAUGCAUAUGCUUGACUUUGAUGGUAGUAAUUGUAUGUGGAAUGUUAAUCACAUACCGAAAUCUAAAUUAGCCUUUGAAUUAAAGCUAAAUUUUAUUUCCAUUCUCACUGAUGAAUACAAAUGAAGACCCUGGAUAAAGUGUGAUGCUCUGAAGGAUAAACUCUACUGCACAUGAAUUCAUAAAGCAGUUGUUGGAGGUUGUGGUGCAAAUAAUAAGAGCAGCACAGCCUUUUAUAAGAAAAUACAAAGAUCCCAAACUCAUUCACCCCCCACCUGCAGGACCAGCACGUUGUGACAGCUCAUCUUUAGGAACUCUGUAAAAUAGGGACUUCAGCUUUCAAAGUACUCAGGGCCCACCUACUUGUCUGUGAAAUGACUUGAAACAGCAGCUCACUGAAUACUGUAUUUUGACAGCAGAGAUGUCUUCCAGGGGGAUAUUUGGUAUUAAUUUUUAUUAGCAAACAAACAGGGUGCAGAUGGAAAGAAGGGCGAUGCAGUGGUAGGGCCUUGACAAGGGAUGUGCUCAGGUUCUCUCUCUCUCAGUCUUCCUGGAAGGCCAGAGCAGAACCCCCUCUUUGUGACAGUUCUUCCUGAUCUCAUGAGGUUGCCGAGAAGAGAAAUAUAUUUAAAGAUCGUGAGGAAUUCAAUAAUGGGAUAUAAAUACUUUAGAACACAAAUGGUAGUUGGUGAUAGAUGGCUGAUGUCAGUCCAGCUACAGCAGUGCACAAGGGCCAUAUUUCAUAUUUCUCCUCUCUAUCAGUUGUGAUGAAUCAUAAAACCUUUGGAGAUUGAGCUUCUAAAUCAGAUUCCUUAAGGCAGCCAUGCUGUGGAAGAUUCCUAAACUUGUGAGGUUCUCUUAGCCCCUGGCCAACAGAAGGGUGAACUCUGAGGAUUAAAAGCUGUGGCCAUGCUGAGUUCCUGCUGUUUGCUUCCAAGUGAAAUCCAAGUAGUCUCCAGAAUUAAAGAAAUCCAGCCUGGUUUAUCCUGGAGACAAAUGCAAUAAUUGGCAACAAUGUCUUAGAAACAGUUGUGUGUUUACAGCAGUUUUCUGGUAACUGGUGGAUGUAUUUAUUUUAAAGCACUUUCUAGCCUUGCCUGGGGAAGAAAGGCCUCCCUCGUGAACAGAACAGCACUACUCAUUUAUGCAAAAUUACUCAUGGAUGUUAAUUUUUGAAAUAUUUCAAGCCCAGGACUUGCAGUGAGUUCUGCCUGUGAGCACAAGCCUAUGGGUGUGAUUCAGAACCAAGGCAUGAACUGGGUGUGACAGGCAGAGCUGUGUCUGCACAAGCACAAGCUGCCCAGGUGCCAAGUGCACUGGGUGAAGCAGAAAUGCCGUGGGAGGUCUGGGCUGUCUGGGCAGAGCCCUGGGAGCUCCACACAGGUGGGUUUGCAGCACAGCCAGCAAACCAAGGGCAUCUGGUUGUGCCUGGGAGGGUCAGGUUGGACAUCAGGAGGAAUUUCUUCAUGGAAAA